UCACAAUAAAAUUUUUUUUUUUGCUUCAUAUUUUGUUUUAUGUUAAAUGAUUCCUAAACAACAUGCCAUAUUUAAUUUAAAAUAUUACCACAAUUUUUGUAAUUAUCAGCAUUUUUUUUGGAAUUCAGGAAGUGAUGUCAUUUAACCUAGAAAACCUUAUGAAGAGAUAACCUCCCUGUAGAGGCUGGAAUACACUGGAAUGCAGAUUUUUGCCAAAAUUUGAUUUGUAAUCUUUACUGGUCAAUGCUAAGUAUCAAUAACUGGCUUAACGCUGGUAGUGUUUCGUUUAGUAUAUGAUGCCCAUUUUUCCCUUUAUCAUCAUCUACAAAGUCGCCAAGUAUAUGACGCCUAGCGUUUGAAAAUCUGUUCCAAUUUUAAAAAUUAUGUAGUCUUAUUAAUUAUUCCAGUCUUACAGUCAACUUUAUAACUAAAAUUUACACUCAAAGAGAAGAUAGUCAUUCAAAUUCAUACUGUAUGUUAAAAAGAUUUUCUUUUCACAUAACACAGGCUUCAAUAGACUAGAAAAAAAAAGUUUGAAAACAAAACACUCCCAGCUUCCAAUGUGGGUCCAUUUGAACAAAACUAGUUUGGCAGCUUUGGCUAAACAUUCGCUAUAGCCAGGCGGAAACAAGCCUAGCUGGAAAGACCUUAAAACUGGUUUCCCUCCUCCAUUUUUUUGUAUACAGCCAUACCUAUAAGACAGUGUUACAUUUAACAAUACAGAGACAUAGCUAACAGCCGUUGGGGAUAACAGCAACAACUUUCUGUAUUCAUUCCUUCAAGGCAACAAUUUAAGAAACAUGCCAUCUACUGGAUGUCAAAUCUUGGGAAUCUGCCUGGCUAUGAUCGGCUUCUUGGGAAGCAUCAUCAUCUGCGGCUUGCCCAACUGGAAGGUGUCUGCCUUCAUUGGAGCCAACAUUGUGACCUCGCAGAUCAUUUGGGAAGGUUUAUGGAUGAACUGCGUGGUUCAGAGCACAGGACAGAUGCAGUGUAAGGUCUACGACUCUCUGCUGGCCCUUCCUCAAGAUCUGCAGGGCGCCAGAGCCUUGGUGAUCGUCGCCAUCAUCGCUGGGGUGUUUGGAAUCAUCCUGAGCAUCGUAGGAGGAAAGUGCACCAACUUUGUGGAAGACGAGGCGUCUAAAGCGAAGGUCGCUAUCGCCAGUGGCAUCAUCUUCAUCAUUGCUGGAAUUCUUGUCCUCGUCCCUGUCUGCUGGACUGCGAAUACCAUAAUCAGGGACUUCUACAACCCUUUAUUGGUGGAAGGUCAGAAGAGGGAACCCUUUACAAUGGCUUCUCUAGGCAUGCACAUGUUAGCAAGUGCCUUGGCCCUACUGGGAUGGGUGGGAGCCCUCAUGUCCUGCAUCAUGCCAAUGUGGCGUGUGACGGCCUUCGUUGGAACCACCAUUGUAACCUCAGAGAUCAUGUGGGAGGGCAUUUGGAUGAGCUGCGUGAUCCAAAGCACAGGCCAAAUGCAGUGCAAACCGUACGAGUCCAUGCUCGCGCUAGGCACGGAUCUGCAGGCAGCUCGGGCACUCACGGUGAUGGCGAUCCUUUUGGGAGCAGUGGGCCUUGUUUUAACCUUCAUUGGAGGAAAGUGCACCAUCUUCAUGGACCGAUCCAAAAGAUCCAAAGCCAGGAUCGCCACAGCAGCUGGCGUCACGUUGAUUGUCGCCGGAGUUGUCUGUCUGAUCCCCGUCUCUUGGUCGGCUGGCAUUGUGGUGAGAGCGUUUUACAACCCACAGAUGGCUGAUUCGCAGCGAAGGGAGAUCGGUGGUGCCAUUUACAUCGGUUGGGGUGCGUCCAUCGUCCUCAUUUUGGGUGGAGGAAUGCUCUGCACCACUAUCUGCAAAGAAAAAACAGAAGACGACAGCGGCCGUUCAGUGAAGUACCUGAUCGUGCGCUCUUCGCAGGCAGGGUCCAGCGGAGCGGGCUCCCAGAGGAUGCGGCCCAUCUCUGUAAGGUCGCUGCAGAGCAGCGCUCCAUCUGUGAGGUCCCAGUGGAGUCAGAAAGCUCCUUUGAAUCAGGGCAGACCUCCUUCGGUGGGCUCCCACCAGAGCAGCCCGUCAACUACAAAGUCUCAGCUUGCCAGAGCCGAAGUGAUGCCAGAAUCUGAGCGGGAUGAGGGGGCGUCGGCUAAGUCCCAGCUGAUUGAUGAUGGUCUGGAUCAGACACUGGCUGCCUCUGAACCUAGUGAGACUGAAGAUGCUCCCAAGACAUACAUCUGAUUAAGGAGACACUGAAAAUGCAAGAUCUGUGUUGAUUGAAGGACUUACAUGCACUUGGACAGUCAUAUAUCUGCCAUAGCACUGUGAAUAUGAAGAAUGUGUGAUAAAAUGAAGAAUAUGUAUGGCUGAACCUUACUAUUAUGUAAAACUGAUAAUGAUCUCAGUUAGUAUAUUCUGAUUUUUUUUUAGAGAAUUUGAGGCACUUUAGAAAGUGCAGCUGAUCGAGAUGAAGAUUUGCACUGUAACUUACACUCAGACCUCAGCAGUCAUGAUUAUUAUGCUGUUUUAUAGUUUAUUUUAAUAGCUUCCAUACAUUUUAUGUCUUUAAUGUGUGUACAUUUAAUGUAUGUUCAUGAUUGUAAGCGGAAAAAUGUUUUUCCAUCAUGUCAUGCACUGUAUUUAGCACAGUUCUCCUUUGUAGCUGACGCCUCCUCAACAGACAUAUGGAAAGUUGUCAGUUUCAUCUAAAUAUUAUGUUGUUUUCCUGCUAGGAAACUAGAAUGAACAUAUUUCUAGUUGAAACAGUCAUAUAAAAGCACUGCUAUGAUCUUGGCCACACAGGUGGUCUUUCAGAGAAGGACAAUGGUUCGGUAAAAAAUGUUACAAGGGAGGGAAAAGAACACUCUCUUCAUUGUUACCCUGCAUGUCAACUCGAGCACUGAAUGAAACGGCAGAUCCAGGCCAAACCGGUUCAACAGAAAGUAUCACCUCAUGAUAGCGCUUUGCAUUUUGUCGAGGCACAGAGUGUUUAAAAAGAGUUCAAAAGAAUGUGCUGUAGUGAAGCUUAAGCUGUAGAGAUAAAACCAAAAUAAAAAUCUUAAUGUUUAUCCAUUUUGCUUGAAAUUUAAAUUGAACUAGCUGUUGCAAGUUAUGAAGUAUAGUCAAAACUUCCUGAAUGCGUUUACGUACGCCCUUGUAAUAUUUGUUUAGUCAGAAAACUGUGAACCUGUUCUGGAUGUUUAUAAAAGGAAUUACAAACUAAUAAAAUUUUAUAUCUACA